AUCUUAUUUUCUGUUUAAUGAAAGAUCUUGUGAUUAUUUGAUCUUAAUUAAUGACAACAUUCAAAUAAAUUGUCAUAGACCUUUACAAAACCUUUUUUUUUUUUUUUGGGAUAGGGUCUCAUUCUGUCUCCUAGGCUGGAGUGCAGUGUUUUGAUUUCUGCUCACUGCACCCUCUGCCUCCUGGGUUCAAGUGAUUCUCCUGCCUCAGCCUCUCCAGUAGCUGGGAUUACAGGCACAUGUCACCAUACCUGGCUACUUUUUUUGUAUUUUUGGUAGAGACAAGGUUUCACCAUGUUGACCAGGCAAACUCCUGACCUCAAGUGAUCCACCCCCUUCAGUCUCUCCCAAAGUGCUGAGAUUAUAGGUAUGAGCCAUCGCACCUGGCCAAAACUUUUCUUGAAAUGUUCUUUUUUUUUUUUUUUGAGGCAGAGUUUUGCUCUUGUUACCCAGGCUGGAGUGCAAUGGCACGAUCUCGGCUCACCGCAACCUCCGCCUCCUAGGUUCAGGCAAUUCUCCUGCCUCAGCCUCCUGAGUAGCUGGGAUUACAGGCACGCAACACCAUGCCCAGCUAAUUUGUUGUAUUUUUAGUAGAGAUGGGGUUUCAACGUGUUGACCAGGAUGGUCUCAUCUGUUGACCUCGUGAUCCACCUGCCUCGGCCUCCCAAAGUGCUGGGAUUACAGGCUUGAGCCACCGCACCCGGCCUGAAAUGUUCAUUUUUAUAAGUUCAAAUUAUAAGGUAAGAUGGUUGUUUACUUGUUAAAUAUAUUUUUUCUUAUAAUAAUACAGUUGAUAUGGUUUGGCUGUGUCCCUACCCAAAACUCAUCUUGAAUUCCCAUGUAUUGUGGGAGGCACCCAGUGGGAGGUAAUUGAAUCAUGGGGGCAGGUCUUAUACUGUUCUCAUGUUAGUGAACAAGUUUCAUGAGAUCUGAUCUAUAAAGGGGAGUUUCCCUGUACAACUUCUCUUUCCUUGUCUGCCACCAUGUAAGAUGUGCCUUUCACCUUCCAUCAUGAUUGUGAGGCCUCCCCAGCCACGUGCAACUAUCAAGAUAUUUUGGAAGCUAUAUUGAUAGACAGCUGUAUCUUCCCAAGUACCACAAUACCAGAUCAUUUGAGCAGUCUUAUUAUUGUGAUGCUAUAUGAUUUCCAAGAUAGGAAAUUUCAAACUCGUGUCCCUUCUGAUAAUGAAGAGUCCAUAUCAGAAGUUCGAGAAGUAGAGAACCUUCUUAACAGUUUUAAGAUAAAAUUGGCUGCAGCAUUGGCAAGAUGUCGAAUCAAACAUGAUGCCCUUUCAAUUUAUCACAUCCUGCCAGAAACAGUUAGGAAACAGGAACUAAGGGCCUCCACUUUACCACUUUAUGCUUGGAUAAAUACUUGUAAAAUCAGCCCUGAAGAAGUUUAUAAUAAUUUGAAGAGAAGAGGCUAUCAUAAAGUCAAAUCUGUAUUGCAUAUUGAUGAUAAAGUCUUUGCGGUGGACCAACAUUGCUAUGAUGUCUUAAUUUUUCCAUCUCAUCUUAAAAACGAUCUUAUAAAUAUAGAUCUUUUCAAAGAUUACAAACUUAUUUUUCAGGACAAAUCUCGAAGUCUUGCUGUCCAUUCUGUAAAGGCUUUAUUAAAUAUGGAUGAUGAUAUCUUAAUGGUCAAUACAGGUUCGUGGUACACAGUUGCCCAUAUGUCAGUUUUAACAAAUAAUAAUACCUCAAAAGUAUUUGUGUGUGGAGUGCAAUCACAAGCUAAGGAUCCUGACUUGAAGACCCUUUUCACAAAAAUGGGAUGUAAAAAUAUUGAAAUACUUCAUGAGCUAUUUAUUAACAUUGAAUCAAAGGAUCACAGGUUACAGAAAAUUAAAGUGAUUUUGCUGCUACCUCGUUGUUCAGGACUGGGUGUUAGUAAUCCAGUAGAAUUUAUCUUAAAUGAACAUGAAGAUACAGAAUUCCUUAAAGAUCACUCUCAAGGAGGCAUAUCAGAGGACAAACUUCACAUUCUUGCUCAACAGCAGUAUGAACAGCUAACACAUGCAAUGAAAUUUACUAAAGCUCAAGCAGUUGUUUACUGCACAUGUUCAGUUUAUCCAGAAGAAAAUGAAGCUGUUGUUAAGAAAGCACUGGAAUUUCAAGACCUUGGGAAUAAAGUACAACCUUAUAGGCUCAGCCCUCCCGUUCUUCCACUGUGCUCCUUAAAGGAAAUUCAACUGUCUACUGAUAAAUUUUUCAGAAUGGAACCAUCUGAAAUUACCAAUGGUUGUUUUAUUUCUAUUUUAACAAGGGAGCGGGACCCUUCUGAGACAGUGUCUGUGAAAGAUGUUUUGGCCCGAGCUGCAGCCAAGGGUUUGCUGGAGGGGAUUGAGCUGGGUAAAUCAUCAAAACGGGAGAAGAAGAAGAAAAAAUCAAAAACAUCAUUGACAAAAGCUGCCACUACUGAUAACGGCAUCCAAAUGAAAAUUGCAGAGUUCCUGAAUCGAGAAACUAAAGCCAGUGCUAAUCUAUCAGAGACUUUAACAAAACCACCUCUUCCCCAGAAGAAUACUGCUCAAGUGGGGGCUUCCUCACAGACCAGAAAACCCAACAAGUUGGCCCCCCAUCCUACAGUGCCUACAUUUAUGAAGAGCACAUGUUCCUCUAGACCAUGUGAACGGCAGGCACGCUUCAUGAGACCUCGGCCAGAAGACAGAAUGGUUGCUUUGAAACCCAUCGAGAUUGUUCUGCCUCCAGUAUUUAUGCCAUUUUCAAGUCCUCAAGGGAUCAGAUCUCAGAUGCCAACUCAACAUUUUUACUGUCGUUGGGUCGCACCCAAGGCACUUGUGCCCACCUGCCUCCCCACACCCUCACUAGCCAGGAAAGGGGAGAAGCCUAAAGACGACACACCUUCCCCCCUACUCAGGUGUUCGCGGCCGUGGCUUUGAUAGUCUUGUGUUUUUUUAUAUGGGCCAAAGAGCAGUUGAUUUUUUUUUUCAAAGUCUAGUAUUUUGAAGGUUCCACAUCUCUACACAAAGUACUUAUUCUUUUGGUCACUUAGGGAUCUUCUAAGUGUGAUAUUACUUUCAGAUAAUUCAGACAAGUGAGAAACAGUAAUGUAGGAGUCAGCGAAGCAGAUUUCAGAGACUUCAACAGAUCAGUGCUGCUCUGUUUGAGAAGAUCCAGUGAGAGCUUUAGUGUCAGCUGUCAGAACUUGUCUCACUCCUGUGAACUUGCAGGCUGGACUUAAAGCUGCAAGUUUCUCCUGCAGGAAAGGAAACACUGGUUGCCUUAGCAGGCAGCUCAUUAGCUGAAAGGCAAACCAUCCCGGCAUCUCCACCAGCUGAGACUGCUCUUCAGCAUCCACGCAAUUGUAGUCGCGACUUUCUCAAUCACGAUCAACGGUGAUUUUUUCUUAAAUAUCAAGCUGUUCUUUGAACAGGGAAUGACAUGAGUUUUUGUAACGUGACUGAGGUUAAGUAGGAAGCGCAGGAAAUUCCUACGUGCCAGGUGUGUGUAGCUCAGGGGUCCUUUCACAGUGAGGUGUCUCUCAUUGGGGAAGCUUCCAGGAUCCUGAAUAGACUGGACACAAUCAUCUCUCCUUCCUAUCUUUUAUGCCAAGCACUGUUAUAAAAAAGACUGUGAGUAAAUUUCCAUCUAAAUAUUAAUAAUUCAGAAGAAGAGGCAAAACUGUUGAAUCCAAGCGAUACCUAUUGUUGAAGAAACCUGUAAAUUUCUGAUUCUAUUCAAAGAUCAGGCAACGCAACAAAAUCUACAAGUCAUUUCAAAUAGCACACAGGAAUCAAACUUUGGUAAAUCAUUUCUGAUGCAUAAUUAAAAUAUAUUGUAGCACUAUGUUAAUUAUAUUAAAUUUCAUCUUGAAUGUA